CAGGCCCUGUCUCAGCUGGGCAGGAAGGAGGGGACCCAGCUUGGCUGGGGGUACUGGCAGGGGGCCCUGAGGUGGGUCAGCCAGGCCUGGAUGCUGCCUCCAGGCUCUGUGUAGGGCACCUGCCAGCCCAUACCCCUUUUUUGGGCCAAUCACUGUACGAACAGGGCAGAAGCCAAGAAAGGGAAGGCGAGGUCUUGGCACAGCUGGACAGGGGAGUGGAGGGAUCCUGCCAGCCUGGGGCCUGGAAGCAAGACAGUUGACAACACCUCCACCCUGGAGACAGCAGCCCUGAUCCCUGAAGGAUCAAACAGACUCCACAGUCACAGAUAUGAACACAUGAGCUCUGGCUACUGCAGGAAGACAACAGGGACCAGGAGAGGCAGAGAGGCUGGGACACACUCAGAUCCAGCUUUACCAAGCCCCAUCCUGCCGAUGACAAUGGAAUAGCAUGGAAUAGGCCAGAGCCAGCCCAACUACUGAUGCAAAGUGAGAGGACUCAUCACAGCAUUGGGGAGAACCCCGGGAUCUCCAAGUUACCCCAUCCCCAUGGACUCUGUCCCCCUGAGGUCCACCAGUCUUCUUUCAGGUUGGCCUGAGUUCCCAGGGAAGGCUCCAACCUGCUGCCUGGAGGGUAAAAAUCUGACUGCCACGGCUCUGACUGCCAGCCAGCCUCACUCGGACGAGGGCCACCCGCCACCCCUUGAAGCUGUCCCAGUACCCUGGAAGAGCGUGGGCCCCUGCAAAAGCCACAGGGAGUCCCUGGGAGGCCUACCGGAGACCCCUGCAGGGGAGGAGGCCCAAGGCGAGGAGGGCCCUGCAGCCACCCAGCUGGACGUGUCGCGCCUGCGCAGCUCUUCCAUGGAGAUCCGAGAGAAGGGCUCGGAGUUCCUGAAGGAGGAGCUGCACAAAGCCCAGAAGGAGCUGAAGCUCAAGGAUGAGGAGUGUGAGCGGCUGUCCAAGGUGCGGGAACAGCUGGAGCAGGAGCUGGAGGAGCUGACAGCCAGUCUGUUCGAGGAAGCCCACAAGAUGGUGCGAGAAGCCAACAUGAAGCAGGCAGCAUCAGAAAAGCAGCUGAAGGAGGCCCGGGGCAAGAUUGACAUGCUGCAGGCAGAGGUGACAGCCUUGAAGACACUGGUCAUCACAUCAACACCAGCCUCUCCCAACCGCGAGCUCCACCCGCAGCUGCUCAGCCCCACCAAGGCCGGACCCCGCAAAGGCCACUUGCGCCAUAAGAGCACCAGCAGCGCCCUCUGCCCCGCAGUGUGCCCUGUUGCGGGGCACAUCCUCACCCCGGACAAGGAGGGCAAAGAGGUGGACACGACCCUGUUUGCAGAGUUCCAGGCCUGGAGGGAAUCGCCCACCCUGGACAAGACCUCCCCGUUCCUGGAAAGGGUGUACCGGGAGGAUGUGGGCCCCUGCCUGGACUUCACCAUGCAGGAGCUCUCGGCCCUGGUCCGGGCCGCCGUGGAGGACAACACGCUCACCAUCGAGCCCGUGGCUUCACAAACCCUGCCCGCGGUGAAGGUGGCCGCCGUUGACUGUGGUCACACCAAUGGGUUCCGGGCCCCGAUUGACACUACAUGUGCCCUGAGUGGGCUGGCCUGCGCCUGUCGUCACCGAAUCCGGCUUGGGGACUCUGAGAACCACUACUACAUCUCACCGUCCUCCCGGGCCAGGAUCACGGCCGUCUGCAACUUCUUCACUUACAUCCGCUACAUCCAGCAAGGCCUGGUGCGGCAGGACGCGGAGCCCAUGUUCUGGGAGAUCACGAGGCUGCGGAAGGAGAUGUCACUGGCCAAGCUCGGCUUCUUCCCCCACGAGGCCUAGGGCAUGGCCCAGGCCCAGAGGGCGGCUCUGAGCUGGAGACAACAUCCGCCCCAGGACAGACUGACAGAAGGGGUCCUGGAGCCAGCCCUGAGCCAGAAGUUGAAUGGAGGAACAAAUGGCCAGGCCUCGGAGGCAGCACUGAGCCGGCACCAAAUGUCCAACCCUGGACAGGACCUCAGGAGGUGACCUCCUCGCCUCCUCAGUAGUACUACAGCCACCAGGAGACUUUCAAGAAAGCACCAAAGACCAAGUAGCUGGGAGCCAUUACAAAGGGGCUCAGCCCUUGGCAGAGGACCCCUGGGGCAGCCAGCACCCCCUUGCUAUCCCAGGAGCCGUUCGUUGCCUGCUGGUGCCUUGCUAGUCCCAUCUCCAGGGUAUCUUCCUCACCCUUCCAGUUCGCAAGCCCUGGGCACCAGCACCCCCUAGUGGCCAUGCUUCACCCCAUUCCCAGAUGGCCUCCCCAACGAAGGCCUAGUGGACCUGCCCUCCCAGGUGCCCACAGGGCAGCAGAGUUAGGAGAGGCGAGCAGGGCCUCCCUGGCUGUCUUCCACUCCAUCCUGUACCUACCUGAGAUGGAUCGGGGCCCUUGUCCCCCUCCCUCCCUGCCAGCUGAGCCCUACGCUGCAGGGAGCCCUGCCUUCACCCCUGCUGGGAGGAUGGGGGCACUGUCCUCCCAGAGUCAAACACAGAUGGGCCACAGGACGCCCAGGCCUGUUUUCAGCUGUGCCUGGCCAUUCAGACAACGGGGGGCUGAGAUCACCCAGCCCUGCACGCAGGCCUGGGGUGGGGCGGGCAGGACCUGGGCCCCUCCUCACCCCGCACGGUGCUGGGGAGCCAACCUGGACACAUCCCUCACCACGUCCGAUUUCCUCCUCUGAAUGGAAUGUAGCACGAUCUAUUUAAUAAAGGAUGGCUUUGUUGGUA